AUGGUCAAGAGAAAAAUCCUCGUAAAACUUCGUGAAUACAAUGAUAUAAGAAAGGAAAUGGCCCAAAAAAGAUGGAAGAAGUUGGAUAUGUUAGAAGGGAAUGAUAAUUCUAAACAAAAUUCAGAGGAAUACAGUAGUCAGGAGGAAUACAAUGAGGAGGAAUACAGUGAUGAGGAAUAUAGUGAUCAGGAGAAAUAUGAAGGUGUAGACGAUGAAGAAAGAACACACAUAUGUUUACUUACAUUUGGUGCCUCAGGCACGCUUACCAAUGCAGCCAAAGGAACUUCUAAAAUAACUAAUUUUUUUGGGCCUUUAACAUCAGCAUUACCAACGUAUUCAGCAUUAUGGACAGCAUCCCUAAGGCAUUUAAUUUUGGCCAAAUUGAACUAUGAUGAGGAUGAAAGCGAGAAUAGUGAUGCUGAUGGAGGUGAUGAUAAUAGUGAGGAAGCACAUUUUGAACUUGGUGAUGUAAUUGCACAGCUUCAGGAUAAACUUUUAAAAAACGAAAGAACAUUCACCACUCUAGAAUAUAACAAACGACAGGCUGUCUAUGAAUAUUUUGUAAGGGUAUACGAUGGUCAUGGAAAAGUGAAAGCAAGUGAAGUUGCAGUAAGCAUAGUUUACAUCAUCCCGAACACAUACAAAUGUAAAAGAAUCCGUUUUUUGGUAGAUCUGAGAGAAUCAAGGAUAAAUGACAUUAGUUCAUCUCAGUUUAGACAAUAUGUCAAUUCUGUUAUUUUACCUGAGCAUACGGGAGGGAUAAAAAAGGCAAUUAGCCUGAGAACGGCUAAAAGAUGGUUGAAUAUUUUAGAGAAGAUGAAGAUUUUAGAAUGGUGGAUGGCAACGUAUAAAGGAAUAAAAAUGGAAUGGGUUCCACCUGUACUUAGGGUAGAUGAACGAGAGUUAAUCCUUGUCACUUAUGAUGAGUGUAUCUUUUAUUCGUAUGAUGGAAAAAGAGGAAUUUGGAUAUACGGUGGGAUGAUGCCAUUACGUAAAAAAGGGAGUAGAAAAUCAAUUAUGGUGAAAGCACACUGCUAUCUUAAACCCAGUAAAAAUAAAGAAAAUUACUGGACAAUCGAACAUUUAUUGAAACAAAUCAAAGAAAAGGCCAUUCCCAUUUUUGAAGCAAAGUUCCCUAGUGCAACGGCGUCUUUGUCUUCGAUAAUAAGGGCACAAGAAAUGGUAUUUGAAGAGGAUUACUCUGAUCUGAAUUUGAGAGGGAAGCCGAAAGGAAUAAAGAAGGGAUUGAUGGGAAAGUUGGCAGAAUAUGUAUGUAAAAAAUUUAAAUCACAUAGAAGAGUUCCUGAAAAUGAAUUGGCUUCAUUUGUUCAAGAAAAUAGAGAAGUGAGCACU